UUUCCUUAGUUAAUAUGUCUCAUCAUACCUCUUACACUAUGGCUGGUUUGUGCGCUGCUGGUGGUAUUGCCGGCUUUGCUAGAACACGCUCUAUUCCUUCUUUAGUGGCUGGUCUUGGUGUUGGUGCUCUUUAUGGUACUGCUGGUUACUUGAUCCAACAAAACAAGGAUUAUGGUCAUGAAACUGCUGUUGCUGCCUCUGUUGUCUUGGGUGGUGCUAUGCUUCCUCGUGCCAUCAAGACAAGAAAGCCUGUGCCUAUUGCAUUGUCUGUCAUUUCUCUUGCUGCUGGUUCAUACUAUGUUAAGAAAGUCAUUGAAUACAGUUAAAAUAAAAGUUUAGAAUAGAUGAGUAAUUUAUGCAUGGAUUUAUU